GGGAAGGGGAGGGAGGGGAAGAGUUGUGGACGUUGAUCACCUUUCAUCGCAUCAGUCAAGUGACGGGAACAGUUAGCAAUUUUAUUCGACCAAAUCUGUUCCUGAUAUCGCCUCUUCUCUCACGAUGGCUGCGUUACUGGUCACCCGAGUUUUUAAGGAUUUGUCGGUGAUAGGCAGCAAGUUUUCCCGACCUCCAUCACGUCUGUUUUCUGUUACAUCCGAAAUGCAUUCGCACCUCAAGACCAAAGUUGUAAAUAAUGUCUGUGUUGUCACGAUUGAUUCACCCGGUCAAAAGGUGAACUCAUUAAAUUCAGAAAUUAUGUCUGAAGUAACAGAAGUACUUAACAAGAUUAGAAGUGAUUCGAAUAUCCAAGCAGGUGUUUUAAUAUCUGGGAAACCAGGCAACUUUGUUGCCGGCGCUGACAUCCGUAUGCUAUCUGCCGCUAAGAGCAAGGAAGAAGUCACUGCAAUUUCUCAUAGCGCCCAACAAAUCCUCCAAUCUAUUGAAGACCUCCAAAAGCCCUUAGUUGCUGCUAUCGCUGGGUCUUGUCUUGGCGGUGGUCUUGAGCUUGCUCUUGCUUGCCAAUAUCGUAUUGCUAUGAAAGAUGCUAAAACCGCUCUCGGGCUACCUGAGGUAAUGUUAGGCUUGUUACCUGGAGCAGGUGGUACAAUUCGUCUGAUGAGGCUGACUAGAGCACCCAAUGUGUUGGACCUGGCACUUACUGGGAAACAAAUUCGAGCCGAUAAGGCUAAGCAGAUGGGCAUUGUUGAUCUAGCUGUUGACCCCCUCGGUGAAUCAUUCCGCAAUGCUGAGUACCUUGAGGAAGUUGCAAUUAAGAUUGCAAAAGAUAUUGCGACUGGUAAAAUGAAAGUUGACCGGACUCCCAGUCUAGUAGACAGAAUUUUUGCCAAUGUCCUGAAAGUUCAAUAUGCUCGUGAUUUUAUCCUUGGGAAAGCCAAGGAAAGUGUCAUGAAGGCUACAGGAGGCAACUACCCAGCCCCCUUGAAGAUUUUGGAAUUGGUUCGCACCAACAUGGAAAAAGGAGAAACGGCUGCAUUCGAAUUUGAACGAAACACCUUUGGUGAAUUGGCAAUGACUCCUGAAAGCAAGCAACUAUUAAAUCUCUUCAAUGCACAAACUGAAUGCAAGAAGAACCCAUUCAAAGCACCAGUCAAACCCAUCAAGACUGUUGCAGUCUUGGGAGCCGGUUUAAUGGGUGCUGGCAUUGCUCAGGUUACCGUUGACAAGGGUUACAGUGUCAUUUUGAAAGAUACUAAUGAGACUGGUCUAGCUAGGGGAACUGAACAAAUUCGCAGUGGUUUGGAUAAAGCUGUGAAAAGGAAGAAGAUCUCUGCGUACCAGCGAGACCGUCUUUUGUCCAACAUGGAUUCUACCUUGUCAUAUGAUUCUUUCAAAAAUGCCGACAUUGUUAUUGAAGCUGUAUUUGAAGAUCUCAAAAUCAAACACAAGGUCAUUUCUGAGAUUGAGGCUGUUUGCCCACCGCAUUGCAUCAUUGCCUCAAAUACCAGUGCCCUCCCUAUUGCCAAAAUAGCUGCUGGCAGCAAACGCCCUGACAAGGUUGUAGGAAUGCAUUACUUCUCUCCAGUUGACAAAAUGCAAUUGUUAGAAAUUAUCACCACCAAGGACACUUCAGAGGAGACUGCUGCUCAAGCUGUGGCUGUGGGUUUGAAACAGGGCAAAGUUGUCAUCACUGUUGGAGACGGACCAGGCUUCUACACAACACGUAUUCUUGCCAUCAUGAUGGCAGAGGCUAUUCGUCUUGCCCAAGAAGGUGUUGACCCCAAGGACCUCAAUAAACUAACAAAGACAUUCGGUUUCCCUGUGGGUGCUGCUACCCUAAUGGAUGAAGUUGGUUUGGAUGUGGCUGCCCAUAUUUCAGAGUUCUUGUAUGAAUCAUUCGGUCAAAGAGCAAGUGGUGGUAACCCAUCUCUUAUCACAGAACUAGUAGAGAAGGGCUGUCUUGGUCGCAAGAGUGGAAAGGGUGUCUUCCUUUACUCUGCUGGUUCUAAACAGAGACCUGUCAACCCAGAUGCUAUUACCGUUUUCAAGAAGUAUUCCCUCCAACCCAAAGGUUCUUUCACUCCAGAGGAUAACACCAUGCGAAUGGUGUCUCGCUUUGUCAAUGAGGCUGUGUUAUGUUUGGAAGAGAAUAUUCUGCGCAACCCUGUUGAAGGUGAUGUUGGUGCUGUCUUCGGUCUGGGCUUCCCACCAUUCAGAGGUGGUCCUUUCCGCUGGGUAGAUUCUUAUGGAGCUGCUAACCUUGUUAGGAAAAUGCAAGAGUUUAGGAACGCAUAUGGUGUUGAAUUUGAACCCUGCCAACUUCUCAAGGAUCAUGCCAACAACCCCAACAAGAAAUUCUACCCUGAUAUGACAAGCAAGUUGUAAUUUUUAAUUUUCUUUGUUUCAACCCUUAGCUAGUCUUCUGGUUUUCUUUACAUGUUGCUUGUGAGUAGGGGGCUGCCCCUUAUGCUGGAUAUGAGACUACUGAAUGUGUUCGUGUUUUUAAAAUGCUGGAUUUUCAAAAUUAUGGCAAUUUUGUGGCAUUUAUCUGUGUGUCCAAUUUUUACUUUAUUUUAUUGCACCUAAAGACAUUAUUAUUUUAUAGAAUUAUUCUCUUGUCACUUCUGCUGGACAGCCUUGUUAUCGUUUUCUUUAUAUUUGUAAAUAAUAUUUUAAUGAAUUGGAAAUGUUUCCAUGAAGAAGACUGCUGAAAUGUAAACCUAUAUUUUUCUAGCCCCUAUCCAGAUUUUAUUUUAUUGAAUGUUUGUUGAAUUGCUUGUGACAUGUAAGAAUCCAGAAAUGAAUUGAGCUUUGAAUAGAUAAGGCAUCACAUAUUGACUGUCUCUUUUCUGUUACAUUUAACUUAAUUUGUAUGUGGAAUUUUUUUUACUGUUUGUCCCUUUUUUUAUUGGUAUAUUUUGCUGAGCAAACCCCUGUAUCAUCUAAUGUGACCAGCCUUCUUAUAUACAUGCGUACAUUAUUUUUAUAUCUGCUUUAGAGAUUAUUAUAUGUACUGAUUUUGAAAUAAUCAUGUCUACAGUAUUGUCCCCUCUUGGCUCUAUAAAAUGUUUCCUUGACUACUUUAAAAACAAUCAAAGGCUGUUAUAUAGAAGUAUUUGGCGAUUUUAAGUAAAAUAAAUUUCCCAUUUUUACUGAA